AUGCCAAAGAUUGAUCAGAGCCUGAGAUCCCAACUAUACCGAAGCUCGAGACUCCUAACUGUACCGAAGCCUGAUCUUCCAACAAUACCAAAACCCGAGUUUCCUCCCUUGAAAAAGCCAGAAAUCCCAGCAGCGCCAAAGAUUGAGCAUCCUCCAGCUAUGCCAAAGCCUGAAAUCCAAGAAUUACCAAAGCCAAAAGUCCUCGAGCUUCCAAACCUAAAAGUCCCAACUAUGCACAAACCUGAAAUUCCAGAACUACCAAAUCCAAAAGUCCCUGAAAUUCCAAAGCUAGAAGUACCAACUAUGUCAAAGCCUGAAAUUUCAGAACUACCAAAUCCAAAAGUUCCCGAGCUUCCAAAGCUAAAAGUCCCAACUAUGCCAAAGCCUGAAAUUCCAGAACUACCAAAGCCAAAAGUUCCAGAGCUUCCAAAGCUAAAAGUCUCAACUAUGCCAAAGCCUGAAAAUCCAGAACUACCAAAGCCAAAAGUUUCCGAGCUUACAAAGCUAAAAGUCCCAACCAUGCCGAAACCUGAAAUCCCAGAACUACCAAAGCCAAAAGUUCCCGAGCUUCCAAAGCUAUAA